AUGGGGAAUCCAGUGCAUGUAUCUCCCCGCGCUGAAAAUGUCAAAUCGAAGCGUAUAACCCCGCUGUCGCACUUCAAAGCAUUUGCUAGGAAAUUUUCGAGCGGAACAGAGCCGCGCAUGGAGUCCACGAUGAACUCGGUUCGGGGUGGAUCUCAAGUUCACCGCGCGUUUAUCGCGUUGGGGAGUAACGUGGGUGAUCGAGUUGAAAUGAUUGAAAAGGCUUGUCUUGAGUUGGACAAGGCCAAUAUCAAAGUUAAGAGGACCAGCUCGCUUUUUGAGACGACACCGAUGUAUGUGUUGGAACAAGAUACUUUCAUCAAUGGUGUCUGUGAAGUUGAAACUACUCUUGGGCCGAUGGAGCUUUUGGAUACUCUUCAGUCUAUCGAGAAUGCCCUGGGCCGCAAGAAGUUGAUCGACAAGGGCCCGCGCUCAAUUGAUCUGGACAUUCUACUAUACGAUCAAGAGAUAUUCUCGCAUGAACGUCUCGAUGUUCCACACAAGCUCAUGUUAGAGCGAGACUUUGUCCUGCGGCCACUCUGCCAAUUAAUCCCACAUGAACGACCUCCUCAGCAAGGCAAAAAUACACAAACAUACAACGACUAUCUCAAAGCUCUCCCACCACCAGAGCCUACACCUCACUCAACAACACCAAUCUCCACGACCUUCCCAUCACUACACGCCACAGAUCCCACCCGCAACACCCACGUCAUGGCCAUCCUCAACCUCACCCCAGACUCCUUCUCCGACGGCGGCACCCACUCCCCAACCGACUUCACCCAACUGACUGAAACAGUACGCAACUUCAUCGCGUCUGGCGCAACAAUCAUCGACAUCGGCGGCGAAAGCACCCGACCCGGCUCCAUCCCCGUCGGCGCAGACGAAGAAAUCGCCCGCGUCGUCCCAGCAAUCACCCACAUCCGCACCUCCAUCCCAGAAGCAGCCAACAUCGCCAUCAGCAUCGAUACCUACCGCGCGCGCGUCGCAGAAGCAGCCUGCGCCGCCGGCGCAGAUAUCAUCAACGACGUCUCAGCCGGCCUGCUAGACCCGGACAUGCUCCCUACAGCCGCGCGUAUCGGGAAAUCCAUUAUCCUGAUGCACAUGCGCGGCACGCCGCAGACCAUGACCAAAUUAACCGAGUACCCUGGCGGUGUGAUCAGCGAGGUAGCCGCCGAACUACGCGGACGCAUUGCCGCGGCCGAGGACGCGGGGAUUCGGCGCUGGCGGAUUAUUCUCGAUCCUGGGUUGGGCUUUGCGAAGAAUCAGCCGCAUGAUUUGGAGAUUCUGCGGGAUUUGGAUCGGUUGAGGGGUGCUGAGGGGUUGGAAUGUUUCCCUUGGUUGAUGGGGCCGAGUCGGAAGAGGUUUGUUGGUCACAUUACUGGUGUUAAGACGCCCAAGGAGCGGGUUUGGGGUACCGCUGCGACGGUGUCUGCUAGUGUUGCUGGUGGUGCGGAUAUUGUGCGUGUGCAUGAUGUACAUGAGAUGUGGCAGGUGGCCAAGGUCGCUGAUGCGAUUUAUCGCGUCUGA